UUGUGGUAAAAUUAAUGCUAAAUCAAGCAAUAUAUACGUUCGUCUACUGAUUUUAUUUUGCGCCUUUAGCAAGGUGCAACGAAUAAAAUUGUUCAAAAUUAAUGUCGAAGUUUGCCGACCCAUAAUAGCCACAAGUAAUCGAGUAUCCAUACGGCAAAGUUUUAACAAAUAUUGCUGCCCAGAAAAAUGAAGUGCCCUUUUGAAAUGGCUGCCCCCGCCUCUUCACAUCGCUUCCGGCGUCCCUGUAUAUAUCCGAAGCUGAUGAGAAAAGUGAAGCCAAUUAGAUGGCGGUCAUUGACGUCCAAUAGUUAUGAAGGUCAUAAACACGUUUUGUACGAUUUUUCCCGGCUAAUUCCAGUUUUUCCUAACGCACCGUAUAUCGAAUAUCCAUGUUUUAACUUUACCAAACCGGCACAGGUUCUCUCCCUGCACGUAUAUAUAUAUAUAUAUAUAUAUAUAUAUAUAUAUAUAUAUAUAUAUAUAUAUAUAUAUAUAUAUAUAUAUAUAUAUAUAUAUAUAUAUAUAUAUAUAUAUAUAUAUAUAUAUAUAUAUAUAUAUAUAUAUAUAUAUAUAUACUUUGCGGGCUUUGUCCUAGCUGGUGUCACACUAGACUUAAAACUAUAAAAGGGAUGUCCUUUAAUGAUUUAGUUACAGUAAGAUCGGUGCUUGUCCGCCGAUGUCACUAUUUUUCCAAGGGAAUAUGAACAAGGAAUAAGAACAGUAUUCGUGCAAACUACACUCUUUUAUUUCAGAAAGCCACCAGCACAUGUCGCUGCUCCUGUGGUGGCCACGAAUCAACCCCACAUCAGACAACAUAUCAGACCCCACUGGUAAAACAGUGCAGUUUUAAAAAUCUUAAUGAUGGUCGAGAUAAGGGUCAGAUUCAGGUAAACUGCAUGUCUAUGUUUAGACUAUACUCAUGCAUGCAAAUGAUGCAAUAUUUUUAUCAUUGACAUAAUUUCAUACAUGUAUGAUGAGUUAAUUCUCGAAAGUAACCAUAUUGAAUAUGAUAUAUAUGGUAUAUUCCUUUUUAUUAAUAGGAAUAUAUGAUAUAUUCCUUUCUAUUUUUGCUUAUUUUUACAGACUUGUGAUUUUCAAAAGGCUCACACCAACUCAGCCCUUCGUGUGACGUAUCAAGGAGACUUGCGGCUCGUGACUUGUUCCAACGGGAAAUGUUGUCGACGUUGGUUUAUUACAAUCAAUGGUAAAGAAUGCUCAUCCCCUGCACCCAUCGAUGCUGUCAUCCAUAGUGGAAAGAGGGUCAACGAUCUUAGCCUUCAUCGUCCUGGUACACUGGAUGGCUUCUGUAACAACAUUCCAAAAGGAAAGGUUACAGUUGGCCUUUCUGUUGGAAAAUGCAACAAUUGGUCUCAUGACGUGGGUGACGCGUACACAUGCUGGAAUUCGGUUUGUCGUUUAAUCAUUGAGGAAAUCCGUUCAAUGCAAUGAAUACAAAAAAAACAGGAACUGGAUCGAGAAUUAAGGAAACAGUAUAUUCAAAUAUGUUGAUUAAUUAAGUCUUUUACAGUGAACGUUUAGCUUAUACCGUAUAUGUUAUGUAUGUCCAACUUAUAAGUCGUAAACUAUAUAAAAGCAGUUGUAUUAAUCGAGGUAAUGUCUGAUUUGGUUGUAGUCAUAUGAGAAUGUGAAACAAAUAAAUCACCUCAG